AUGGGUAUCUCCAGACAUGAAAAUCAAAUAGACCUUGUCUGCAUCUCCAAGAAGUUUAGGAGAAGUUUACAAGAUGUCCGAGUUAAAAGAGGAGCAGACGCUGCCUCUGACCAUCACCUUAUUGUGGCAAAGAAUGCAACAGAGAAAACAGUCACAAUGGAAGAUCACUGGCAAGAGAUUAAAGAAGCUUUCACGACAGCUUGUGAAACAUCAGUUGCUAACAAGGAGGUCAGGAACAGUGCAAGGAAAGAUAAGAGGGCCUUUGUAGACAAACUAGCAGCAGAAGCAGAAGAAGCAGCCAGAGCAAACAACAUCAAAGCUCUGUAUGACACCAUAAAACUGCUAACCGGGAAAUAUCAGAAAGGAUGUAGACCGGUAAAAAGCAAAGAAGGGAAAACACUUAACACACAUGAAGAGCAAAUGAAACGAUGGGUUGAGCAUUUCAGAAAUGUGCUAAACAAAGAGCCACCGGUAAAUAAAGCUGACAUUCCACCCUCUGAAGAGCUUUUGGCAGUUGACUGUAAAACACCAUCUAAAGGAGAAAACAAGAAAGACAUAAAAAUGCUGAAGAACAACAAAAUUCCAGGUCCUGACAACAUACCUGCAGAAGCAUUGAAAGCAGACAUUGAAAAAUCAACUCAAAUGAUAUAUGAACUGUUUGGAAAGAUCAGGGAAGAAGGAGAGGUCCCUCUAGAAUGGAAAGAAGGACACAUGCAAGCCACAGAUGGGAGAAGAAACGGUAUCCAAUGGACCAUGUUCACCCAGCUGGAUGACCUAGACUUUGCCGAUGGCAUUGCCUUGCUGUCCCACGACCACCAACAAAUGCAGGGCAAACUAGCACAGGUUAAAAAGGAGAGCUGCAGAAACGGGCCUAUCUAUCAACUACAAAAAUACCAAAGUUUUAAAGUCAAACACAAGGACCCGAGCAAGUCUGAUGGUUAA